AUGAAUACCUUCUCUCCUCAUCAGCAAGAUGUAGUUGUGGAUCAUCAUCAGUUGGCAUCUCCGUCUUUUAUUAGAAUUGUUGAAAGUAUUGUACAACAAUUAUUUGAUCAAGUUUCAGACUGUUUUGGUCCGAAUGCCAACGCUCGUGCGAAAAUUAUUGUAGACUUGUCUUCUUCUGCUCACAAACAAGCAAAAUAUGUAUCAUCGGAAGGAUCGUUUAUUCUGCAACAUUUAUCUGUGAGACAUCCCGUUGGAGUGAUGAUCAUGAAAGCAUUGAAGCAAUUACAUGUAGGAUGUGGAGAUGGAACUAUUAGCUUUUUGAAAAUUUUAUUGGAGCUGACUCGAGGAGUACAUGAAUUAGUCAUGAAUUCUGUAGAGCCAUUGGUGAUUGGCGAAGUGUUGAUGAAAAUUGAAAAGUUUUGUGUGAAUGAAAUGAAAAAAUUUGGAUUUAAUUUACUGGUGAAUGAGAAGAAUGAGCAAAUUGAUUUAUCGAGCAUCAAGAACAACAAGGACAUUCUUUCACUGAAAAUUCGACUGCAUUCAGAAAAGGCUAGAGAGCUAUUGAAAACAUUUCUCUCAACAAAAUUGAAUGACAAGGAGACACAACUAUUCAUGGAUGUUUGUACGGAAGCAUCCUCCACACUUUAUGAAAAUUUGACAAUUCACGAAAUGAAAAAUUUGCAGCAAAACCCCAAUUUUCACAAUAUUCAUGUCAUUGCCCUCACAUCACUCAGUGGUAAAGCUGAAUACUUUAAGGGUUUGGCAUUUGAACAUGGUUUGCAACAUCCCUACAUGCUCCGUCAACAUGAAAAUUGCAAAAUUAUUGUACUUAGCGAUAUUCCACUGGAAUUGAUCAAGGAGAAAAAGAAGAAUGAGUUUCGUACAGCAGAGGAGCGACUGCAAUUAUUGAGGAAUGAAAGAGCAAAGAUUGAUCAGCAAAUUAAUCACAUCAUUAAGAGCGGCGUUGGCGUCGUUGUUUCAAAUGAUGCCAUUGAUGAUAUUAGUUUGGACAGAUUCUGUAAGAGUGGAAUUAUUGCUUUGAGACACGUACGACAGGAUAUUUGCGAUAAAUUAUGUGAACUCACAUCCAGUACCAAGGUCUAUUCAUGUGAACAGGAAAUUAAGGAAGAAUAUUUAGGCUCUGUUUCGACAAUUAAAAUUCAUGAAGAUCACCGACAAACAGAAUCGACAGUGUAUAUUCAAGGAAAGACCGAGAGUAGGAUUGGUACAAUUAUUGUCCAUGCUGCCAAUGUCAUUAUUCAGCACAGAUACAUUCGUAUUAUUAAGGGCGCUCUGAAAAUUCUAAGAAAUUCUUACGAAGAUUGUCUGAUUGCCCCUGGUGGAGGAUGCUUGGAGAUGAUGCUAGGUUAUCGAAUUCGUGAAAUGUGCUGCAGUACGAACACCAAGUUAACUCCCACAGAACAAUGUAUUUAUGAAAUGUUCGCAAAUGCUCUGGAAUCAUCCAUUCCUGCUACUCUUUGUGAAAAGAGCGGAUUCAAUGUGAAUCUUGUCAUGAGACAAUGGAAAUUAUUGACUCAACAAUCAUUGUCCACCACUAAGAACACCUUUACAACAACACAAUUGCAUACCUUAAAUUGUUUGAAAUAUCCAGUUGAAUUUGUAGAACCAGUUCAAUUGGGAAUUUGGGAUUCUAUGAGAGUGAAAAUUCAAUCUCUCCAUCAAGCCAUAGAAUUAACAUGCAGUCUCAUCAAAAUCAAUUCCAUUCUCACUUCUCCAGAUCUUAAAAAAGAAUCACAGGAUAAACUCAAUCAAACAUUGAAUCAAUUAAUGAUGGAACAACAAGAAGCUUCGAACACAACGAAAAACGAUCAAUGGAAAUAUCAAAGAUAUCAUUCUGGUUUGAAUAGUGGUGGAAAACUGGAUCCAAAGAAAAAACAGGACAUCAUCAAGAGAGAAGAACGAUUUUACAGUAAAGAAAUGACCAAACAUCGAAGAAUGUUAGAAAUGAAUCAACUCAUCAUGGAACCCGGAAGUAACACGGCUCACACCCGAGAACAAGAGUUAGAAUUUCAUGCAAGAAAAGAACAUGAACGAAAAUUAAGAGAGAAGGGUUUACUUGGAUAUGAUCUUGAACCAUUUCAGUAA